CGCGUUCAUUGUGUCGUCGACCGUCGUCGCAGCGGUACGCACAUCAUCACAAUCGUCAUCGUCGUCGUCGUCAUUCGGCUCGACUAUGGACCCAGCGACGGUAGCGUUACUAUUGUCGUUCUCGGCGCUCGCCACUGCCGCCAUUGGCAAACCGCCGGACGGCCGCGACGCGUUCGGUUACCCGGACGACGAGCACGUGAUCAUCACUCAGUACGGACCGAUGCGGUACGAACCGGUCACCGCGGACCAGAUGAACAGACCGUAUGACGAUGGUGCCGCUAAACCCGCGUCGUCCGGGCGUGGCUAUUACAAGGCCGAGGUGAUACCGUUGGACAUGAAAACCUGGAAGCCCGCAGUCGGCGCCGAUGGCCGUUGGGUCGGCAGAGCGGCCACCGGUGGCCGGGUCGACUCGUUCGACGUGCCACUCCGGGUCGGCUAUUCGGUGCGGCCCGCGGCCCGUCGACGCCGUCACGACUACCUGUUGAUGGGGCAGCGGCCGCGCCUGCAGCCACCGCAGCAGAACCAUCGUCAGCCGGUCGCCCAACGUCGACGCAUCGACAUGGCCAGCCCUUUGGAGGUACCGAUACGACCACGGUGAGCAUAUUAAUGGUUUUUUGAAGGAAGAGCUCUGCAGUUUGCCUGAAGCUUAGCACAAUGAGCCAAGAGAACUAUGCGAGAAUCAUGCGUGGAUAAUAUAACAUAUUAUGACGUAUGUGUUAAUUCUAUAAUUCAAUGCAGAUAAACCUCUUCACUUAUUACUCUUUAUGAAUAUCGUCGAAGCGAAUAUUAUGUGGGUGGUACACAUUGUUAUAAUAUUGUGAUUUCCCGUUGAUGUUCUAAAUUGCAUAUUAAUAAUAAAGUGUUGUUAGCAUGAUAAACCGUAAUAUUAUAUCAUAUUUUCGUAAACUUGGAAUAUUAUGCUUGGAAAUGAAAAUAAAUUAAACAAUUUCGUUUAAAAUAAUGUAAC